GUGAAAUAAAAAAAAACUACAAUCCUUCUGUUUUCUGUUGUUUUUGUUACUUUGUAACAUUUUUGUAACAUUUUUAUUGUUGGGCAACUCAGAGUCUUCAACAACCCCGAGCUUUAAAACCGGCAUCCAUCAAGUCUUCAACAGACAUGCCCGACGAGCCGAGUAUUCAUUUGUAUGACGAAUUCUAUCCACUUAUACCCGCCCUUCUUCCUCUUCCUCUUCCUCUUCUUCUUAUGCCCAGUUAGUGCAGCGCCAUGUCCUCCGUGACGACAUUUGGCGCUGAACCGCAACCGAUCCGCAUCGCCAUCCUGCUCAACUCAUAUCGUUCCCGUCUGCUUCCCGCCAUCAGGGCCUCCUACGAACGAACCAUCGGUACCGUCGCCCCAGAUGCCAGAUUGGCCUUCUACGAGCCCGCCAACAAGAGCGGCCAAUUUCCCGACCCAGCCUUCUUCGAUCUGAUAGUAUUCGGCGGGUCCAACGUCGACCCGCGCAAAUCGCACCAAUGGAUCCUUGACGUGCAUGAAUACCUACGCCGCCUCGUAACCCAGUACCCCGAGAAGAAGGUCUUGGGCAUCUGCUGGGGCCACCAGACCAUCUCGCGCGUCUUCGGCGGCAAGGUCGUCGAUGCCGCGUACCCGGAAAUGGGUGUGGCCACUAUAAACCUCACGGAGGCGGGAAGACAGUUCUUCUCCGAAGCGGCCGCCCUAGGUUCCUUCAAGCUGCAACAGCACCACCGGCGCGAGGUCGCCGUGGCGCCGCCAGCCUUUGUACAAUUAGCUCAGGGGCCAUCCUGAAAAGGAUGCCGAAACAGCUCGUCUGCGUCUGCACGACUCGAUGCGGUGGUUCGGAUUCGAUGCCUCGCUAGAUGAGAAGGCCUGGAUCCAGCUCCAGGAAAUGGUGAAUAUGGAGCAUGACGGCCCCGCCGUCUGGAGACGUAUCUUCGAAUGGCUCAAGGAGCCACCGGUCCUAGGGACCGGAGUUAUAGAUAAAGUAAGCAAAAUGUAACGUUAUUCACCAACCUUGCAAUCUUUAAGCGGAGCCUUGCAUUGGCCUGUUUUCUGCAAUUUAAAGCGAAGCGACCAAUUUGAUGAUACUAACAAAACAGAAGUAAGGUUUAAU